CGUGAGUGGCGGCCUCGACAGCCCCUUCCCCAGCCCCGCUCACCCGCAGGGGUGCCCGCCCAUGGGGACUGGGCCUGGCAGCUCGGAGCCGCGGGCAGGGCGGGCUGCCCGGAUGCCCCGGGCCGCGGCGGCGGCGGCGGCGGCGGUGGCCGCGCUGGUGGCCGCGCUGGUGGCCGCUCAGCUCCUGCGGGGGCUGGAGGACGCGGGGCCGGGGGCCGGUUGUAGGUAACCCCUGGCGACGGGGACCGAGCUGGUUCCCCCCUUCCCCCCACCUCACGUCACCCGUUUGGGUGGAGGAGGGAGGCACCGGGCAACCCCCCCCACCCCCCCCCGAGACAGUCGAGGGCACAGGGCCUGCAGGGGGCCUGCAGUUGGUGGCCCUGGAGCCCAGGCUCCUGUUCUAGACUCUUCUUCCAGGCCGUGGGUUGCUCGGCUGCAGGGGACACAGCCAGGGCGCCCCGCCCUGCAGCAUGACGGACGCGGCGGACGCGCUGGCCAAGCUGCGGGAAGACUUCAGGAUGCAGAACAAGUCUGCCUUCAUCCUGGGCGCCAGCGGGGAGACCGGCCGGGCGCUGCUGGGCGAGAUGCUCCGGCAGGGCCUGUUCGCCAGAGUCACGCUCAUUGGGCGCAGGAAGCUCGACCUCGACGGGGAGGCGUACAAAAACGUGAAUCAAGAAAUAGUGGACUUUGAAAAGUUGGAUGACUACAGUUCUGCCUUCCAAGGUCACGAUGUCGGAUUCUGUUGCUUGGGAACCACCAGAAAAAAGGCUGGGGCGGAGGGAUUUAUUCGUGUUGAUCGAGAUUAUGUCCUGAAGUCUGCAGAGCUGGCAAAAGCUGGAGGGUGUAAGCAUUUCAACUUGCUAACGUCUAAGGGAGCUGAUAAGUCAAGCAGUUUUUUAUAUCUGCAAAUUAAGGGAGAAGUGGAAGCCUUGGUUGAAGAAUUAAAUUUUGAUCGUUACUCAAUAUUUCGGCCUGGAGUUCUGUUAUGUGACAGGCAAGAGUCUCGCCCAGGUGAAUGGUUCUUUAGGAAAUUCUUCAGCUCCUUACCUGCUUCUUGGGCCAGUGGGCACUCUGUACCGGUGAUAACCGUGGUUAGAGCGAUGCUGAACAACGCUGUGAGACCAAGUGACAAGAAGAAGGAGGUGCUGGAAAACAAGGCCAUCCACGAGCUGGGGAACACUAGCGGCUCUCUCAAGCCCUAACCACACAGAAAAUGCUACUGUAGGCGUCAAGGUUUUCAUGGCCUUAAACAAGUCAGCAUGCUUUAACUUUGAACUUUCACUCAUCUCACCUGCACAGAUCUAGUUGGAAAUGAUUGUGCUAUGCCCCAGUGGCUCAAGAGUCUGGUUGUAUGUGCAUACACUGUAUAUUCUGGUUUUGUGGCUGUGCAGGCCUGUGCUUAUUUAUUUCAAUGAAGUUUCAGAAGUUAAGGUUCAGAAGUUUUUUUGUUUUUUUUUUUGGUUUUUGGGUCACACCCGGCGAUGCACAGGGGUUACUCCUGGCUCAUGCACUCAGGAAUCACUCCUGAUGGUGCUCAGGGGACCAUAUGGAAUGCUGGGAAUCGAACCUGGGUCGACCGCGUGCAAGGCAAAUGCCCUACCUGCUGUGCUAUCGUUCCAGCCCCAAGGUUCAGAAGUUCUAACUCGAACCUCUUUAAUAAGAAUUUUUUGGGUGCAGGGACAGACAUCUGUUGCUUCGUUUACACUUCCUUCGGUGCUUCUGAUGCCACUAGCAGAGAGAGCUGCUUUGAAUUGCUUGUCUCCAGCAGUGCAAACCUUAUCUACCAAGUAGAUGAGAUUUUUUUUUGUUUGUUUUUUGUUUUUGGGCCAUCACAGACUCUGUGAUGCUCAGGGUCUCCUCCUGACUUUGCACUCAGGAAUCACUCCUGGCAGUGCUCAGGCGACUAUAUGACAUGUCAGAGAGCAAACCCCAAUUGGCUGCAUGCAAGCUGAUGCCCUACCUGCUAUACUACCGCUCUGGGCCCUGAACUCUGUUUUAAAAUCAUUUAUAUUUGUGUCUCUUGAAUUAUCUGGUGCUGGCUGCUUCUAACUGUAGAAAUGAACAUGUGCCUUAUGACUUGAGAAUAUACAAUAAAGGUUGUUCUUGUAUAAAUGAGUUUAUAUAAUUCAUGGGAGAAUGAAAUAGUAGAAAUAAGUGGGCAAGUUUGGGUGCCUCUGAGAGUAUCAGAAAAAUGCCCAAAUAAACACGAAAACUUGUAACUAUCUCAGGGUGAUUUAAUAAAAUUAAAAAAAAUUCCCAAAUAGCAGUGUGAAGAUGCCGCAUUUUGGCCAAGUCAGUGGGGUGAUAAUGUAGAAGCUAAUAUCUAUCAGUGUUUGCUCUUUGCCCUCAAGUCUCCAGACAGUCCUUAUAAGGCAGUACUGUGACCCUCUUAUCUUAGGUGGGGAAACUGAAGCUCAGAGUGUUACAGGGCCCAAAGCUGAAGAGCUCAUUAGGAUUCUAACUUGGAUCAGCCUGACAUGAUAACUUGUAUUUUCAGGCACCCUGCAGGAGCAUCUCAUCUCUAUGUAUUUCCAGGAGGUUCCAGGUAGUUUUUACUUCCUUCUAAGGAUACACAGCCCUUAUUUAGGUGAAUGCCCUUUUUGCUCGAGUCCACUGAAGUUUGAAACAUCCCAGGUGUAUAUUGUAGAUGCUGUGGAAAUGGACUGAUCAA